AACGUCCUCGGUGCCUUGUCUAUACACACGCGAUUAGGAAUAAUUAUCACAAGAUGUCGGAGAACGUCGGAUUGUCAACACCCAGAGGUAGCGGUACCUCUGGCCAUGUCCAACGCAGCUUGGCGCAUAUCCGCCAUCGCGACCGCGGCGCACCAUACAACAAGGACAAAGAUGAUAGCUUCCGUCAUAGGCCAAGACAGCCUGACCAAGGUAUCCUCGAACAUGAACGGAAGAGAGAGGUUGAGCUCAAGGUUUUUGAAUUGAGAGAUAAAUUGGAAGAGGAAGAAGUCGAUGAGGACGAAAUUGACGACCGUUGCGAUGCUCUGCGAAAGAAGCUCCUCGCGGAACUGGCAGCAGGAAAGAAUGUCAGCGGCGCAAAGAAGGCAUUCAAGCAACAUCAAGUCCAUGAAAUGGCCGACGCUAAAAUGAAAGAGACUGAGAGGCUGCGCCGUGCCUUGGGCGUCCGAGCCGACUAUGAAGAAGGAUCGCAUUGGAAGAGACAGGAAGAGAAGCAACGAGAAGCAGCAGCACCAAGAGAUGAACCAUCACCUAAAAGAGAACAACAUAGAAGGCGACAAGAUGAUUAUGACGAUAGACGUCAUAAUUCGGACCGCAGACGAGAGGAUGACCGCGAACGAGGUAGCUCAGAUGACGAACGUGAGGCUCGCCCAAGGCGGACUGCUCCACGCGAUACCCCAGAGGAGGAGGGCGAGAUUGUAGAAUCUGACGAAGAUGGUAACAGAGACUGAUCAGGCAAGAACUUCUGUCUAAAAGCCACUGAGGACAGCGAAUUUUGUUUACAUGGGCGGCGUUUGGCGUACCUAAUUUGAUAGCAAUCCAUUACUGUUAUAGCUGUAGAUGGUGACUUGCUUGGGGCAUUGUGCUAGACGUAUCAAGACGAAUUUUAUACAUUAUAUGCCGGAG